AUGCGCAACAAGCCUGGUUCGUCUAUGCAGAAGACGUACGAUGAAUGCUAUCUGAUAUGUUCGACUGCCGUUUAUUUCGAGGGACAGAAUAACGAAGCUGAAGCAUUGCGGUCAUGGCGCUCAGCCCUCGACCAGAUAUACUAUCAUAACGCCUAUAAACUGCCAACAAAUUAUGUUCCCAGAUCUGAGACGGAAAAGGCUCUGCAAGAUUCCUUGAAACAAUUAGAGAUCCAAUGCAAGGAGCGAGUAGAUCUCCUGGAAGCGUUGAAGCGAAGUCGAAAAGAGCAAGCAAGGGCGGAAAAAGAAGCAGCCAAAGAGGCUCGAAAGUUAGAAAAAGGAAAAGAGACAGUGACGAACAAGACUCCUACUCCAGGAUGGAUCGGCGAAGGCAGUAUACCACCUGUCCAGUAUCCAGAUCUAUCGAGGCCACCUGCCCUUCCUCCAAGACCAUCAUUCUUCACCAGACAGAGUUCAGAAAGCAUGGCUUCACGUUCGCCAAAUCCGCCGCCACUAUACUCCUCUCCACUACCCACCCCGCCUACAUUGCCAGUACCUGUAAAGAAGACGUCUCGGAGUCCAAGUCCCGAUCACAAGCAUAAGAAAACUAUGUUGACAACUUUGCGAUCAGGCGAUAGAAAAUCGUCCAAGCCGCGAACAACAAGAGUUGGAUCACAGGGACCAGCGCCGUUGAAAGCGGCUGGGUUGGCAUGGGAUACAACUUCGCGGAUGUCUGGUGCCCAGAUAGCUCAGGCUUUGCAAAAACAGAAUCCGCAUGACCAUACCAUACAAUCAAGGGUGGAAGCUACAGCUUCUAGGAGAAGCCUAGACCAGUUAGGGAUCACUUCCAGUGAGGACGAGCUGAAGCGAAACAACGCUGCCCAAGCUUCGGAUCCUGGAGACCAUAUACCAACGGCCAGUUGGAGAGAUAUGCACCAGGGUGCCACAACACCGCUCCAGGAGCAGCCUGAGAACGUCAAUGUUGCUCCAGAAAGAGAAUCACGAACAACCAAUCAUGAAGUCGAAUCAGCACCGCUCAAUCCUCCAUAUGACGUUCCUAUACAGUCCACAGAGUCGAGAUUGUCGCCCAGAAUUCCUACGAAACUUACCAAGCCACCUGAGAUAUCGUAUAGGAAGGAGUUCCCUAUAUCCACUCUGAAGUCGCCCCCGCCGUCGACUGCAAAUAGCAUGGCUUCUAGUGCUCAACAGAGGUCUCCAGAUAAAGCAGAAGCACCACCACCACCACCCGUGUCGCGCAAACCGCUCCCCAACUCGUCAACCCCAAGAUCUGGCAGAAAUCGAACCAUGACUGAAACUUCUUCUGGAAGUGGGGAGGAGGCGGCCUCGCAUCAUCAACGACGACCCAUCAAUAUAGCCAAAAUGCGUCGUACUCGUCAUGCAGACCACAGAGAAAGCCCCAACCAGUCACCAACCCCUCCGUCAUCGUCCGAAGCUACUGAAGACCACGAGCAAGAAGAAAGCCCCGAGGACAUCGCGUUUGAACGUCGCAAGACAGCUGUUCUUGCUAAUCUGCCCAAAAAUGUUGACCUCGUCACCGCGACACAAAUCCUGAACGAAGUCAUAGUUCAUGGCGAUGAGGUACACUGGUCCGAUGUAGCAGGCCUCGAUGCCGCGAAGAAGGCACUCAAAGAAGCGGUUGUUUACCCUUUCCUCCGUCCCGAUCUUUUCAUGGGAUUACGUGAACCGGCUAGAGGAAUGCUGUUAUUCGGUCCACCAGGAACGGGAAAGACAAUGUUAGCAAGAGCAGUGGCGACGGAGUCUAAGUCCACAUUUUUCGCCAUCAGCGCAUCAAGCCUGACAAGUAAAUGGCAUGGAGAGAGUGAGAAAUUGGUGCGAGCGCUGUUUGCCAUUGCGCGAAGGAUGGCUCCCAGCAUUAUCUUCGUUGACGAGAUCGAUUCACUGCUUGGAACCAGGGGAGGCGGUGGAGGUAGCGAGCAUGAGGCCAGUAGGAGAAGUAAAACCGAGUUUUUGAUCCAGUGGAGUGACCUUCAAAAGGCUGCUGCUGGAAAGGAGAAAGCAAUGAGCGGUAAAGGUGGAGAUGGUGACCCGACCAGGGUCCUUGUGCUCGCAGCUACGAACAUGCCCUGGGAUAUUGAUGAGGCUGCUCGGAGACGCUUUGUCAGAAGACAGUAUAUCCCGCUUCCGGAAGCGGAGACGAGGAGGAUUCAGAUCGGGACAUUGCUGGGUCAUCAGAAGCAUGAGCUGAGUGAGGCGGAUAUUGAGGUGUUGACGCAGGUUACUGAAGGUUUCUCCGGCUCCGAUAUCACGGCCUUAGCCAAAGAUGCGGCGAUGGGACCCCUGCGGAAGCUCGGCGAGGCCUUGCUCUAUACUCCGAUGGAUCAGAUCAGACCGAUCCGAUUCGAGGACUUUGAAGCCAGUCUGGAGAAUAUCAGGCCCAGUGUGAGUAAGGCCGGCUUGAAGGCAUAUGAAGAUUGGGCUAGAGAGUUUGGCGAGAGAGGCGGAUGA